AUGCUUAGGGUAGGGUCUAAGUAUCUCAGAAAUGUGUCAAAAGUAUCUAAGACACCAUUCGUUAUCAACUCGUCAAGAAUGAACCGAGUAUUCACUCGUUCUAUUUCGGAUAAGGCAGAUGAAGUUUUCACUAAGCUAUCCGAUGAGAAUGAUCCUCAAAGAGAUGCGUUUUUCCAAUAUUCGUGGGGUUCAUGGUUGAAGAAUGAUAAGCAAGAAAAAGAGAAGAGAGUUACCAGAUUUUCACUCGAAGGCUUGAACAGUGUUCUUGAUGAACUUUACAAGCAAUCUAUUGACAAUGCGAAAACAUUGACAAAAGAUAGCAUCCCACCUCCUAGUUAUCUUCCAAAUUUGACUGUGUCUCUUCCACACAAUGUGACUGUUAAAGAAAUAGGAACUGUAAAUCCAAAUGAAAAGGUUAGAAUCUUGUCAAUGGCCAGUAUUCACGAGGGUAAACAUCAUAGAAUUUAUAAGGUCGAUACCAAUGCUGGUAAGUCAUUUGUUCUAAGAAUUCCUUAUGCAUUAGAUGACGAAAAUACUCUAGCUUACAGAUUGAAAAGUGAAGUCGCUACUAUGGACUUUGCCGCAUUGAAGUUAGGCCUAAAAGUUCCAAAGGUGUACAGUUUUGGUGUCAAUGCUUUAAAUCCUGUUAGGCAACCUUUCAUUUUGGAAGAGUACAUCGAAGGUAAGUUGCUCAUGAGAGACUGGACUCCAUUGGAAAGUGACGCUGAAGAUGGCGAGUCUCAUAAGGUCAAGUUAAACGCUGUCAUUCAACCACUCUCCAAAUUCCAAGCUAAGCUUGCUGAAGUCGAAUUUACUGCGUUCGGAAGUUUGUACUUUGCAAAGGACUGUAAAGAUUCUAAUUCUCCUGCGUACGAAAAUGAAACAAACAAUGAUCUUAAGGAUAGAUGGAGAAUUGGUCCAAGUGUUGAGAGAUGCUUAUGGAGAAAAAAAUCCGCUUUGAACUUCAAAGAUCGUAAACAGUUCUUAGGCCCAUGGAGUAUCACCUCACCAUUAGAUAUUGUGAAAUGUACUGGCCAAAUUGAGGCCGAAAAUGCUCGUGCAAGAUUGGCCCUUGUUCAAGCACAAGCUUCUCCAGAAGUUAUCGAGGAAGGAAUUCUAAAGGAGCAAAUCAAAACUUUUGACAAUCUAGCUAAAAUAGCACCAUCUCUCAUUAACACAGAAACAACUUCAAUUCCAAAAAUGAAAAACCUCUUAAAACCUCGCUUAUACCAUCCAGAUUUAGAUCCAAUGAAUGUUCUUAUCAAAGAAGGCGACAACGUUCCAUACUUAUUAGAUUUUGAAGGUGCUUGUAUUAAGCCAUACAUUCUACAAAAUAGCCCUCAAUUUGUUGCUUACGACGGUCCAAAGAUUUAUGAUUUGGAGAGAGAUAUUGAAGGUUACAAAGACUUACCAGAGAAUGAAAAGGCCAAAUACGAAUUUAUGUACAAGCGUACCCGUAACCAAUACCUUUGGGAAUUUGCUCUGAAUGAAAAUCUACCUGAAUUGAUCUCUUCCGUGGCUCCUCCUAUUAAGGUUUUAAGAAGUCCUUAUGUUACUGCUAUCGAAAGAAAGGCUGACCAGGAAUACCUUCUUGUUGAAGAGUCAUUGAUGCAACUAGCCGAAGUUUGGCCAAUUUUUGCGAAAAACAAGUUGGUUAAUGCUGAUGAAUAUCCACUUGCUUAUUCCGAAGAAGAUGUCAAGAAACAUACAGAAGCUUUAAAUGCCUAUCACGAAAAAUUAAUUUCUGAACCUUUCGCCGCCACUCAAGGGUGGAUGCCUCAAGAUAUGUUCGAUAGUUUGGUACAAAGCGGUGUUCUUGUGAAGGACAAGAGUGGUGACUAUGGCAUCGCCAAGGCUCCAGAUGCUUAA